UCCUCCCAAUUAAUCAACAUGUCCAUCCUCAAACAUGAAAUUCUCUGCAUCACUCUGUUUCCUCACAUUGCCAUUGGCCUUCUUGGCCGCCAUUACAGGGUGCCAAUGCAAGAUGGUGCAGUUCAUUUUCGGCGACUCUCUUUCCGAUGUUGGAAACAAUAGAUACCUCUCGAGAAGCCUAGCUAAUGCAAAUUUGCCCUGGUACGGCAUUGAUUUUGGCAACGGAUUGCCCAAUGGAAGAUUCAGCAAUGGUCGAACUGUUGCUGACAUAAUAGGAGAUGAAAUGGGUCUCCCCAGACCACCGGCUUUUCUGGAUCCAUCGUUGACUGAGGAUGUAAUUCUGGAAAAUGGGGUGAAUUAUGCUUCCUCUGAUCUUCCCAUAUUAUCUAUUUUGCAGAUUCAGAGGUUUCCUCUGUACAAGCAGAUUCAGCUAUUUCAAGGAACACAAGAACUGAUGAAAGCCAGACUUGGCAAAGAAAAAGCCAACGAGUUCUUCCAAGAGGCUCGAUAUGUGGUCGCCUUGGGAAGCAACGACUUCAUCAACAAUUACCUCAUGCCCGUGUACUCUGACUCCUGGAAGUACAACGACCAAACUUUCGUCACCUAUUUGAUGGAAACCCUUCGCGAUCAACUCAAGUUAUUAUACAGUUUGGGGGCAAGGCAGCUGAUGGUGUUUGGGCUGGGGCCAAUGGGCUGCAUUCCUCUGCAGAGGGUGCUGAGUUCUUCCGGUGAGUGCCAGGACAGAACCAACAAUCUGGCCCUCAGCUUCAACAAGGCCACCAGUAAUCUUCUUGAUGGCCUCUCCUCCAGACUUCCCAACGCCACCUACAAAUUUGGGGAUGCUUAUGACGUUGUGGCCGACGUCAUCAGCAACCCUUCUAAAUACGGGUUUAGUAACUCGGAUUCGCCAUGCUGCUCAUUCGGGAGGAUUCGACCUGCUCUUACGUGUGUUCCUGCAUCAGUGUUGUGCAAAGACAGAAGCAAAUAUGUGUUUUGGGAUGAGUACCAUCCAUCAGACAGGGCUAACGAGUUGAUCGCCAAUGAACUCAUUAAGAAAUUCGGGUUUGAGAGAGUCGAUCAAACCAAAUCUCCAUCUGCUUCUCCGUCUCCGGCCCCAGAAACCGAUCCGGAUUCGGGCCCGGCUCCGGCUGUGGAUCCAUCUCCGACUCCUUCCAUCUCCCCAUCUCCACACUGACUUCAAUUUCAUUUUUUGAAUCCUUCUUCUUCUCUUGGGAAGUAUUCAUAAACUUAUGUAUGCAUUUUUCUUUAUGUUCUGUUGCAAUACAGAGUGAUUUCUGUGAUUUUGUUUCCUUCCUAAAUAAUUAACAAUGGCAAAUAUUUGGUGCUUGCUAUGCUUGGCCAGAUUAGAAACUUUUUUUUUUUUU